AUCCUUAUCUUUACGGCACCGCCUGAUCACCCAAACCAAGUGACUAUCGGACGGAUAUUUCUGGAGUUUAACUCUUUACAGGAAAUCCAUAUAAAGUAUAGUAAUGUGCCGGCGAUAGGGGACUCGUCCUUUUGGCCGGGUAGGAAAGUGCAGCUCCUGGACCUCAGCUAUAAUAACAUUACGAUACUACGGGACACCGACUUCAACGGCUUGUCUAACUUAGUGGCACUGAAUUUGAGUGAUAAUAGUCUCGAAGGCUCACCAUCAGCGCCAUUCCGGUUCCUAACCAACCUGACCCGGCUCAGUUUGGCCCGCAAUAAGCUCACAAAACUGGUGCCCCGCCUAUUCUACCGACUGGAGCGGCUCGAGUACCUCGACCUCAGCGGUAACCCACUCGUCGAGAUAGAGCCCGAGGACUUCAAGGACCUGAAACCCCUACGCGAGCUCCUCCUAAACGGCUGCCAACUCUCGAAACUCCAUUCC